CCUCCUAGCUGAUCAUGUCAAAGGCAGAGCAAGGCGUAAAGAAGGUCAGACUAAAGAUAGAGUGUCCAAUAAUUGAGGAAACAACUCUUGAAUUCAAACCAGACCAGAAAUUUGUAGAGCAAGGAGCUUAUGGUAGAGUGUGUAGGGCAACACACGAAGGUAAAGAUGUUGCUGUCAAGUAUUUUAAAUCAGUUGAAGAGAAGAGAGGAUACAAGCAAGAGUUGGUGUUUUUAAAGUGUCUUCAAGAACAUGAGAAUAUUGUCAUCCUUUAUGGAACAGGGUCGUCUCCUAAAACGAAAGAACCGUAUAUUGUAAUGGAGUUUGCUCCUUAUUCAUUAGAAAGAGUGUUACAUGGGUCACACCCCCACAGAUACAGAUAUGGAGUGGAUCAUGUGAUGCACUGGUCCCGUCAAACGGCCGUUGGUCUCAAGCACAUCCACAGCAAGAGGAUACUCCAUAGGGACAUCAAAUCAUCAAAUCUCCUUCUCUUUGGUAAUGGCUCACGUUUAAAAUUGUGUGACUUUGGUACUUGUCGUAAUCUUGAGACUAACCUCCUCUAUACUGCCAGUAUUGGUACUGUUCGAUAUAUGGCACCUGAAGUUAUUAAAGGUGAUCCAUACACUACUAAAUGUGAUAUAUUCAGUUUUGCUAUUACCCUGUGGGAGAUGCUGGCCCGUCAGGUCCCCACCAUAGAAUCAGUCAGUGCCAAUAGUUACGCCAUUUUAUAUCAAAUGGUACAAGGGAAACGUCCACCAUUAUUGGUUGGUCAUCCACCAUUUGUUAAUGAACUACUUGAAAAGUGUUGGGAUCAGGACCCAGCUGUGAGACUCACUUCAAAUGAUUUGGUAGACAAAUUCAAUAAAAUCUGUGAACAUUUCACUUUUGGUGAGCCAUUAACAGUCCAAGAGGACAGUGAUGAUGAAGAUGAUGAUGAGGAUGAAGAAGAUGAGGAUGAAUCAGAAGUAACUGAAGUUCCUCCUCCUUCUCCUCCACUGGCACUGCAAAGGACCCAGUCUGAUAUGUCUUAUGUUAAGUCUAAAAUGGCCGCCAUGUCAACAACUGGUUCAACAUCAGAUCCACCUGGUGAUGCUAAUAAUGAUGACACAGGGAAUGGGACUACUGUGCAAUCACAACUGUCAGAGCCUUAUGAACCAACCAGUCCAUCUGUGGAGGAAGGAUUUCAACAUGGCUACCCUCCAAGGGAAUCUUACAUCAGUCCUGUCAAGAGGACCUCCUAUCCAGAGGGUUUCUCGUCCUUCCCUGUGGUUAAGGAACCCUCUGGUCCGGUGGUGGUCGUUGAUCAUGAAGUACAUGAAAUGGACAAUCAUGAGACUACAGGGUAUACUUCACUGGAUGAAAACCGUCUUCGCUUUGACAUACAGCGCCAGUACCUCCACAUUGAGCAAGCUAACAAUAACUAUCCAGUGUCACUCCCAGCCCACCAUCAGUCCAGACCCAAACCAACUCAUUCCUCUUACUCUGACACUUAUAGCAGGAGCAACUACCAAGGGAAACUCACUCCUGUACCGCCAGUGAAAGGUGAUCCGGAGUCAGUGAAAAUGUUUGAACAAUUUCAAAAACUAUCAAAGGAAUUGGAGUCAAGGUAGCAGCUCCUGGUGUCAUUUUUAUUGUUAGUCAUUGUUUGUAUGAUCAUGUAUUUAAUGCACUUCAUUAUGUUAUCCUAUCAUGUCUAGUAAUAAUAAUAACAAUAAUAAUAUGUCAUUUAAAAAGGCAGAACAUACAAUUAAUUGUAAUAAUUAUUAUUUUAUUAAUUUUUUCUGUGACAACAUAUAAAAGUCAUAAAUGUGAUUAUUAUUAUUAUUUUUUAUAAAUUUGUUCCAAUUUCACCAUUGA